AUGAAACUCUCGAUACUCCUACUGCUAGGAGUUCUCUCCAGCACUUACGGUUACCACAUCCUCGUCUCUUUCAUCAUACCUUCGCACAGCCACAAUCAGCUCGGAAAGGGAAUCGUGGACGCUCUGCUCAAAGCUGGACACACGGUUUCGUGGAUCACGCCUUUUCCAGACAAAGUUGGAAAGAAUCCUCCGAAGAAUUUAAAUAUCAUUGAUGUCAGUCACGUUCAGGAACUAGCAAAUGUGGACAUGACGGACAGCAAAUUCGCCAACGCUGGUAUUAGUUUUGUUAAAGAAUUCGCUACAAAUGUCACAAUUGGGGUCUACACCAGCCAAAAUGUGAAGGACGUAAUUGUGAAGACGCAGUUUGAUGCCGUUAUAACGGAAUUGUUCUUUUCUGAUACCAUUGCUGGCCUGGCAGCAGUCCUAAAAGUACCCUGGAUUCUCAUGAGUGCCAUACAAUUAAUGCCUGGAGUAGAAUCCCAGGUAGAUGAAAUACGAUCUCCAAACACCAUACCACUCGCCAUCCAUGAGGCCAGUAUACCCAUGACUCUUAAGGAAAGAGUCGUCAAUCUUGGAAUUUCUGCUGCCAUGACUGUUAGUAACUGGAUAAGCUGGUCAGACACCGAAGCGCUUUACCAACGCCUGUUUGCCCCCCUAGCAGCAGCACGAAAUGUCGAACUACCCCCGUUCGCAGAUGCUUUCUAUAACGUCUCUAUUUUAUUCCUCAACGCGCAUGAAUCUCUAUUUCCAGCCUUCAGCGUUCCACCCAAUGUGAUCGGUAUUGCUGGUUUUCAUAUUGAGGAAAAUCCUCCACCAUUGCCGAAGGAUCUUCAAGAUCUCCUUGAUAAGUCCAAACAAGGCGUGAUCUACUUCAGCCUGGGAUCGGUUGUUCGCUCAGCGGCUUUACCACCUCAUACGAGGAAAGCCAUACUUGCUAAAUUUGCUGCAUUGCCGUACACUGUGCUCUGGAAAUUCGAGGAAGAGAUUAAGGAUCUACCCCCAAAUGUUUAUGUUAGAAAAUGGAUGCCUCAGCCUAGUAUACUUGUUCAUCCAAAUGUAAAAGUCUUCAUAACUCAUGGAGGUCAACUUAGCUGUUUAGAAGCAAUAUGGUCUGGUGUACCUUUGCUAGCAAUCCCGGUCUUCGGUGAUCAGCCCUUCAAUGCUGAGCGUGCUAAGCAAUCUGGCUUUGCCCAGAGGGUCACUUUCGGCCCUGACAUGGCUGAUGAACUUGAUGAAAAGUUGAGGGAAAUACUUAAUAAUCCCGCCUAUACAGAAAGAGUGAAGUUUCUCUCCAUGCUGUUCCGUGACCGUCCAGUGCCGCCCUCCAAGCUGGUCAGUUACUACACGGAGCUCGCCAUUAAAAGCAAAGGCGCGUACCAUCUCCGAUCUCCAUCUCUUCAAUACUCCUGGGUACAACGGUCGAUGUUUGAUGUUCUACUACUUGCCGUAGUAGUGCUCGCCAUCAUCUUCACACUCCUGAGGCUGGCCGUCAGGACAUGUUUCAGAAUAAUCUGUGGAAAGAGUAGUACCACGCCUAAUUUAAAGAAGAAGACGAAUUAG